AUGGAUCAGUUGGGGGAAAACUUGGAUCCCAAUCUAGUUGGGAGGACGAGGGAAGAUGAAAAUGACAGUAGGUCCGGAAGUGAUAACAUGGAGAAUGCUUCCGGUGAUGAUCAGGAUGCUGCUGCUCCUUCUAAUGGAAGCCGGCCGAAGAAGUACCAUAGGCACACUCCACACCAAAUCCAAGAGCUUGAAUCUUUCUUCAAGGAUUGUCCUCACCCUGAUGAGAAGCAAAGGCUGGAACUUAGCAGGAGGUUAGGCCUGGAGAUCAAGCAGAUCAAGUUUUGGUUCCAGAACAGGAGAACCCAAAUGAAGACCCAAUUGGAGCGCCAUGAGAAUGUGAUCCUUAGACAGGAGUGUGAUAAACUCCGAGCCGAGAAUGAUUACUUGAAGCAUGCCAUGGCUAACCCGGUAUGCAGCAAUUGCGGUGGUCCAGCUGUUCCUGGUGAAAUAUCUUAUGAUCAGCACCAACUUCAGAUGGAGAAUGCUCGAUUGAGAGAAGAACUAGACCGGGUUUUUGCUUUAACGAGCAAUUUCUGGGACUGCCCUUCCUCGUCCUCGGCCGGUCCUAUUCCUUCCCAAGGCUUAAACAACAAUGUGGAGCUUGGAGUGAGGAGAAAUGGUCUUGGAGGCUUGAACAAUGCAGGAGGCUCCUCAUCGCCAAUGGAAUUUAACUUUGGUGAUGGAGCUAUGUUGCCGAGACCUAUGGCCAAUGACAUGCCAUAUGACAGGUCAGCUGUGGUAGAUAUUGCUUUGGGGGCUUUGGGUGAAUUGAUUAAAUUGGCACAGGUUGAUAGUCCAUUUUGGAUCAAAGGCUCGGAUGGUUCUUUGGAAACAUUGAAUCUUGAGCAGUAUAGUAGAGCUUUCCCCUCUUUCAUUGGAAUGAAACCAACUGGCUACCAAACUGAGGCCACAAGGGCAACUGGCCUGGUUUCCUUGCGUGGUUCGGCUCUCGUUGAGGCAGUAAUGGAUGCGAAUCGUUGGGUAGAAAUGUUUCCCUGCUUGGUUUAUAAAGCAGCAACCAUCGAUGUGCUAUCCACCGGUACAGGUGUAACCAGAGACAAUGCAUUGCAAGUGAUGGAUGCUGAAUUUCAUGUGCUUUCUCCACUGGCUCCUGCCCGUCGACAGAGAUUCAUCCGGUUCUGCAAACAGCAUUCGGAGGGUGUGUGGAUUAUGGUUGAUGUUUCAAUUGACACCACUCGUGAUGCCGCAGAUAAGUAUGCGUUUCUCAACUGCAGGAGGCUCCCUUCUGGCUUUGUCAUCCAGGAUCUGGACAACAAGUACUCCAAAAUUACUUGGAUCGAGCACUCGGAAUACGAUGAAAGCGCAGUUCACCAUCUCUUGAGGUCAUCACUCAAUGCCGGUGUAGGCUUUGGUGCACACAGGUGGAUUGCUACUCUUCAAAGGCAAAGUGAAUGCUUGGCAGUCCUAAUGUCGGCUGACAUUCCUAGUGAAGAUAAUAUAGGAAUAACUUCGGCCGGACGGAAAAGCAUGUUGAAGCUUGCGCAACGCCUGACACGUAUGUUCUGUGAGGGAGUUUGUGUUUCGAGCGGGACUAAAUGGGAAAAGGUUACUAUUGGUGUUGUGGAUGAAGAUAUGAGAGUAAUGAGCCGGACUAAUGCAAACGAUCCCGGUGAACCUUUUGGUGUUCUGCUGUGUGCUGCUACUUCUAUUUGGUUGCCGGAAACACAGAAAAGGUUGUAUGAUUUCUUAAGGGAUGAACGGCAGCGGAUUCAGUGGGACAUUCUGUCCAACACUGGUCCAAUGAAUGAGAUGCUCAAAGUUUCCAAGGGACCGGGUGUAGGUAACGCGGUCUCUCUGCUUUGUGGCGGUCCCAUGACCUCGAACGAGAACGCAAUGCUAAUUUUACAAGAGUCAUGGUCCGAUGCCUCUGGUGCAUUGGUACUUUACGCUCCCGUCGAUGUAUCAUCGAUGAGAACAGUGAUGAACGGUGGCGAUUCAGCAUAUGUGGCACUCUUACCAUCAGGAUUCGCAAUCCUUCCCUGUAUUUCACCUACUUACCGUACUGGACAAGGCAACUCCAGUGGACAUGUGGUGAACUCCAACAUGGAUGGCAGUAUAAACAGCAACGGAUGCAUACUCACAGUUGGAUUUCAGAUUCUGGUGAAUAGUCUUCCUACUGCUAAGCUAUCAUCGGACUCGGUCGAAACCGUUAACAAUGUCGUCGUCUGCACCAUGAAGAAAGUCAAAGCUGCACUUAUGGUGGGCUCGAGAAGAAGGGCUUCUAGUCAAGAGCGAACCGACUUCUUGUGGAGUUCCGGUUCGGGCAUUGACUUGGACGAACUCUGA